AGAAGAAAAAAGACCUCUUCUCUCUCAUCAUAAUGUUCCUUUUAUAAAAUCCACCCAAAGACAACAAACACUUCUCCAUCAUCAUUUCAUUUCUUUUUCUUUUUCCUCCAUCACCAUUUCCUAGUUCGCUCGUGCACAUCUCCGACGACGAUCCCAAUUCUAAAAUCAUUCCUUCUUCCAAUCCUUUCAAGUUUCAACAUCUCUCCAAAAUAUCCAACCAACAAAAAAAGGGACAUAAGAAAACCGAAACAAGGGAACCCUUCUUUCUUUUUGUACAAAUAACAUAAAAAUCAACACUCUUUUUGUUUGUUUCGCCGAUGGCAUCUUCGGGUAGCGGUACAACGGCGGGAUCAGGUUCACCAUGCGGUGCAUGCAAGUUCCUGAGGAGGAAGUGUGCAUCCGAUUGUAUAUUUGCACCGUACUUCUCAUCGGAACAAGGAGCAGCAAGAUUUGCAGCUAUUCACAAGGUGUUUGGAGCAAGCAACGUUUCUAAGCUCUUGCUUAAUGUUCCAAUCCAUGAUCGAUGUGAAGCUGUUGUCACCAUCGCCUACGAAGCUCAGGCUCGUCUUCAUGACCCUGUUUAUGGCUGUAUCUCUCAUAUUUUCGCCCUUCAACAACAGGUGGCUUACUUGCAAGCACAAGUCAUGCAAAUGAAGGCACAGAUCGCUGGCCACCAGAUGCCAGCCGCCGGAGAUCUAAGAAACAACUCGGAGAGUACUAACCAGUUUAUGACGUGGCAACAAAUUAGUGGCUCUCCGAUUGGUAGUACAUACUCAACACCGUAUAGCGAUCAUCAUCCUUACUACGGUCAUUUAAACCCUAAUAAUCCGGUCUCGCCUCAGAGCUCGCAAGAAGAAUCUUUCAGCAACACGAGCAGUGACGUCACCACAACAGCUAAUGUGCGAGAGACUCAUCAAACCGGAGGAAGCGUAUACGGUCACGAUGGUUUAGGUUUUCACGAAGGGUAUCCUAAAAAGAAGAGAUCAGUGAGUUAUUGUAGUAGCGAUUUAGGUGAGCUUCAGGCUUUGGCUCUUAGAAUGAUGAAGAACUAAGAUAAUUUGGUAACGUAUGUAGACAGACAGAGAACAUUAAAUUCAUGUUCACAUGCAUGUUAUCAUCAAUAAAGAUGUCUUCAUCCA